AUGCCGCCCAAAGCUAACAAGAAGCAGCAGAAGUCGAAGGGUCACGUCGACAAGAAGUUGAAGGAGAAGGCCGCCCAAGCGUUAGAGAGGGAGCGGAAGCAAAUCCAGCAGACCCAAGCGUCAAGGCAAGAGGCAAUGCAGCAGGAGUUGAUGGCUUGGUUUGAGAGUCAUCCGUCGGCGUUCGAGUACAUACACAGAGGUUGCUUUCUUGGGACGUUUGACAACUUGGACAAUCCUGGGGGAGCGUCAACCACAGAGUCAGCGUCACAAAAGCUGGAGUGGUCAAUGGAGAUGUUGGAAGGCCUCGUCCCCAGCGUCACGAUGUUUCUCAAGCGCGAGAUGAAGAAAGGUGUCAAGAUCGGCCGUGACGAUGUCAACACACUGUUAGCUUUCUUGGUUCAUGCUCACAGAGGGUCAGCACUCCCGUCAAAGAGGGUGGACCAUUUGAAGGCGUGGAUUGAGGACAGUGGGAUUCCGAGAGUCACAGUGUACAUGACAUGA